AUGGGAAACUUUGAAAGCACAUGCUUAACAAGAGAAAAUCAAAUUAAGAUUUAAGACAAUAAAGAUAGGCCUUCUUAAUUCUAACGAUAACAUGCUACAGAAAAAAUAAGAAAUUCUUUUCUCCAUCCAAUCUCAAUAUAAGUAAUGCAAUACUAUUCUAAAAUGUAUGAUAAAAAAUUUGAUCCUUUUUCUACUACUAUCACACAUCAAAUUAUUAAAUUAUCUAAGCAUAACCAUUGUUUAGAUUUGAGUUUAUGUAGAUAUCUAUUAGUUAGUCAAUAAUAUAAUUUUGAGAAAAUCAAUUAAUUAAUUAAAGAAAAUACAGAAUUCAGAUAAAGUAUAAGAUCAAUAGAGUAUGAACCAUUAAGGUAAGCUAUAUAAAUAAUUGGGAUUGAUUUUAAUAAAGGUUUAGUAUUAUGUGUAAAAUUGGAUAAAAUAAACACAGAGUAUGUUUAAUAAUACUUCUUAUAUUUUUUGGAGUAUUUAUUUUAUGAAAUUGCUAUAAAUAACAAAUUAAAUAAUCAUAUAAUUAUUGUUUAUGACUUAUAAUAAGAAUCAGCAAACCCAAUUUUUCUAAAUUUUAUUGCCAACUUAACAUACAAACAUUAUUUUUUAAAUGUAAGAAAACUCAUUUUAAUAAACAUAAGUUUGGAAAAAAUCUCUUCUGAAGUUAUAGGUAUGUUAAGCUAAGGUUCGUACUCCUACUUAAUUUUACCCUUAUCUGAUAUAUCAUAUCUGUAAAGACAUGUGAAGAAAUCAGAACUAUCGAAAGACUAUGGAGGUAUGUUUCAAAAGCAAAGAAAUCCUAUUCCACUUAAUUAUAACUAAGCUGUUAAUUAUAAACUAUGA